CGGUAAGUAAUCAGAUGCACUUAGUAUUUAAUUAGUUUCUAAAAUAGCUUGAUUGGUACUAUCUCUGUUCAAAAAAACUCAUGUUCACCCCCACAAAAACUUUACUUUUAAGCAAUUAGACAAAAGUUUGAUAAAUAGGAGACAUAUCGUUGAUCGUGGAUUCAUAGUUAUCGUGGAGUAGUAAAAAAAACUAAAUUAACUAUUAUAAAUAGGAGUAAAUAGGAGACACAUCGUUGAUCGCCCACCAGUCCGGUGGUUUGUGUAAAGUUGGGCUCACGCUUCUGUUUAUACUUAUAGGCUAAAAUUUGAUAUCUUUUAACUUUAUAAAUGAUUUUGAUCGUACUUUAUUCUCUAACCAUGUCUUUCUGUAGAUCGCUAAGAACACAUAUAGAAAAAAUUUAUUUAUAAAUUAUUUUUAUUUAUAAAUAUGUUAUUUAGGUUUUCUGAAAAAACCGAACAAUAACCCUUUUCGUUAGAAAAUCCCAAUCAUCCGCAGUUCGCUGAGCCACGCCUCAAUAGUUUAGUAGCUGAGCUGUGAGCUCAGUGCUCAGUGCCCCCAGGGCCCAUCUGACUAGGCUCUUAUCACAAGCACAGUCAUCGGCAUCCCGUCGUUUUCUCGCGCCACGUUUCCACGUUAUCGAGCCGCCGAUUUCAAGAUAAACGCACGCCAAACUCUCCUCUAGCUCCCGCUUAUCGUGUCAGCCAUGGUGUCCAAGAAAUCCUCCAUCGCCGGCGGUAACGGAGGCGAAAAUGGGGCAGCAGAAACGCCCCUGCUGUCGGAGCAGUACGCCGGCGUGGGGGAGCCGGCCACGGGCGCGUCGGUGCUCGGCGCGGUGUUCAACAUGUCGACGAGCGUUGUGGGCGCCGGGAUCAUGUCGAUCCCGGCGGCCAUGCGGGUGCUCGGCGUUGCGCCGACGGUGGCGCUCGUGGCCGGCGUCGCGCUCCUGGCCCACGCCGCCGUGGAUUUCAUGCUCCGGUACACCCGCGCGCCGCCGUCGUACGCGGCGCUGAUGGGCGACGCGUUCGGCCGCGCCGGGGCCGCGCUGCUCAACGUGUUCGUCGCUGUCAAUGCCAUCGGGACCCUGACAGUGUACCUCAUCAUCAUCGGUAACACGCCGACCAAUUAACCUCCCGGAACCAUACACCCGGCAAAGCGCGCAGGCGAGUGAUACUUCUAGGGAUGCGUACGUACGUGUGUUUUGAGUGUUCCUGCAGGCGACGUGA